AGCAGGCGGCGCAGGGAGCUGUCCAGUUCAGCACCACCCGGUAAUGCAGUAGGUGGGAGCGCCUCCGCCGGGGGCCGAGCCGGCAGCGAGUGGGGGGGCAGGCGGGCGGCCCAUCCUGCAGCAAGACGCCGGCUCCCUUGUUUCCAGGAGCUUUGCAGAUAGGGGGAGGGAAACCCGCCUCGAUUCUCCGGGAGAAACCCCUUCCCUCCCCCACUUCGCCAACACUACCCCCGCCACCAACAACAAUAACCGCCGCCGCUGCUCGUCCUGCCGCCGCCGCCGCCGCCGCCGCCGUGCCUGCCCGCCCUGCUGCCGCCGCCGCCGCCGCCGCCGCCGCCGCCGCCGCUGCCGCUGCCGGGGCAAAACCAUGGAAGGCGAGACCCCCGCACCUGUUCAGCUGAGAUCAAGGGCUUACAGAAUACUGGGAAGUCUGGUCUGAAACGAAAGCGCCCGAGACCCCCCCCAAGGAAGAGAACUGGCGAAGCAAAGGAUUUUCAUGGCGCAGGCCGCAGAGCCGAGCACGAAGACCGAAGGUUGCCUCCCGGCUUUUACAAUCUCUAACUGUCUAGGUCCCGACCAUGAGAGAUUGUGUUGAGAAUGCGGCUGUUCCCUGGUUCACUGUGGAAGCCAUCUCCAAAUUAGCUAUCACAUAUGGAAACUGGAGACCAGAAUUUUAGGAAAAGAGAUUAAGGCAUCUCACUUGGGGGGGUGGGGGGUGUCUUUUUAUUUUUUUCUUUAAAAAAAAAAAAAUACUGCAACUGGAACAGUUUCUGAUCUCAAAAGGCAAGCCUCUCUUCCCGUGUGAUCUUUAUAAUUUACACUCUUUUCCGUGAGCUUUCUUACCUCCCUGUUUUUAUAUCUCUCCAUAGUCUCUAUUCACACAUAUAUCCAUUAUAUUAGUAGUGGAAUUAUUUUUAUUUAUUUAUAUAUAUAUAUUUUUUUUUGCUUUAGUACUUGUACCCUCACACACACUCUCCCGAGAACCAGAAGUCGGUUGGGUGUUUAUAUAAUGAAGAAUUAUGGGGCUGUUUGAUCGAGGUGUUCAAAUGCUUUUAACCACCGUUGGUGCUUUCGCUGCCUUCAGUCUGAUGACCAUAGCUGUGGGAACCGACUAUUGGCUCUACUCCAGAGGGGUUUGCAAGACCAAAAGUGUCAGUGAGAAUGAAACCAGCAAAAAGAACGAGGAAGUUAUGACCCAUUCUGGAUUAUGGAGAACCUGCUGCCUAGAAGGGAACUUCAAAGGUCUCUGCAAGCAAAUCGAUCACUUCCCAGAGGAUGCAGAUUACGAAGCUGACACAGCAGAAUAUUUCCUUCGGGCUGUGAGGGCCUCGAGCAUUUUCCCGAUCCUGAGUGUGAUUCUGCUCUUCAUGGGUGGGCUCUGCAUUGCAGCCAGCGAGUUCUACAAGACUCGACACAACAUCAUCCUGAGUGCUGGCAUCUUCUUCGUGUCUGCAGGUCUAAGUAACAUCAUUGGCAUCAUAGUGUACAUAUCCGCCAAUGCCGGGGACCCCUCCAAGAGCGACUCCAAAAAGAAUAGUUACUCGUACGGCUGGUCCUUCUACUUCGGGGCCCUGUCCUUCAUCAUCGCCGAGAUGGUCGGGGUGCUGGCCGUGCACAUGUUCAUCGACCGGCACAAACAGCUGCGGGCCACGGCCCGCGCCACGGACUACCUCCAGGCCUCCGCCAUCACCCGCAUCCCCAGCUACCGCUACCGCUACCAGCGCCGCAGCCGCUCCAGCUCCCGCUCCACCGAGCCCUCACACUCCAGGGACGCCUCCCCCGUGGGCAUCAAGGGCUUCAACACCCUGCCGUCCACGGAGAUCUCCAUGUACACCCUCAGCAGGGACCCCCUGAAGGCCGCCACCACGCCCACCGCCACCUACAACUCCGACAGGGAUAACAGCUUCCUCCAAGUCCACAACUGUAUCCAGAAGGAGAACAAAGACUCUCUCCACUCCAACACAGCCAACCGCCGGACCACCCCCGUAUGAAGCCCGCGGGGGGCCUGGAGCACGCCCGCAGGAGGGGCGCGCGGCCCUCCCCUCUCGCGUGGGCCCCCCGAGGUUGGGCGGGGGGCGGGGGUAGGGGGGCGGGAACCCAACCAUCCAUUGGAGGGGGGGAACCUUCCAAAAGCAAAAAAACAAAAAAACAAAAAAAGAGAAAAACAUAACAAGUAAAUUAAAAAAAAAAAAAAGAACAAACUAUAAGAGGAACAAAGAAGCAAAACGACAGGAAAUGUGAAAAAAAAAAUAUUAACCGAGGGAAAGAAAAACAAACUUAAAAAAAAAAGCGAGAGAGGUUAAAAAAAUUAAAAAUAGAAAAUAAAUCUAAAAGAAAAUGCAUGAAUUCCCAUGUACCAUUAUUUUAACAUUUAAUAAAAACCAAUUUAAAUGAAAAAAAUAAAAGGGAACCAAGAUAACAUUAAAGCAAAAAAUGAAGAGCAAAAAGGAAGGGGGAAUGUUCUCUGCACUUAUCAGGGGUUUAUGUUCCUUUUUGUUUUUAUGCGGGCGAGUUACUUUUCUGUUCUCUUUAACCCCAAACGGGCUCUGCCUCCCUGGGCGAGUGGGGGGUGGAUACUCAGGGGCCCCGGGGCCAGGUGAGCCCCUCGGUCACUGCCAGGUCCCUGGAGCCUCUGGAUGGGUGCCCCAGGAACGCUGGGCAAGCUCCGAGGCUUGCAAGCCGACUCCACCCAGCAUCGUUGGGGCAAUUGUAGGCCUCCAGGUGACCCCAGAGUCCUUGGUCCCUCCUGUCCGAAAGGUGCCUGGAGGGGGGUGCACUUGGGGCCUGUCCAGCCCCCAAGUUCCCAGUCCUUAAUGGUCCUUAACCCACUGUGAUGACUUCCUAGGCCUUGAGGGAGGGGAAGGAGAGGGGAUGGUUGCCGUAGGCUUGCGAGAUGCCAGAACCCUGGAAUCCUCAGGGUGAGCUUCUUGGGGUCACCACCCCACGCUCCUGCCCUUAAGCAGAAGAUGCUCACUCCCCGGGGGGGAUAUAAAGCAGCUCUCCCUCCUCACCUCUCACCUCAGGGCCACCUGAUGACCCUGGGGCGAUGGUGGACCCCCAGACUCAUAGGCCCCCCCGGCCCCCCUGGGAAGGGGGCUUAUUGACCCUUUGGGGGUCCUUGGACUCACUGAAGCCCCCCUGGGGCCCAGCGGGUCCAACAACGACACUGCAAAAAGGUUUCUUUUUACAAAAGAAAAAGGAAAAACAAGUGGUGAUUUUUUUUUAAUAAAAAAACCACAGACUAUAAAUAAAUGUAAAUAUAUAAUAAGUGGAUUUACUUGCAAGAAAAACAGAUAGUAUUUUUCUUUUAAUUCUUUUCCAGCUUUAAACUGUGAAAUAAAACAAUGGGGUGGGGUGGGGGACUUAAAAUUUAGCAGGGAACUUGUAAAGAGAAAACAGAAAACAAAUAUACAAUUCCAUUUAAAAAAGAAAAAAAAAAAAAAAAACACCUGCUGGGAGAGAUCAGGGCUGGGCUCAAGGGGGAGGCCCAGGAGGAAGGCCCCCGGGGGAGUGGCAGGGAAGUCGUAAGACAGAGAUCUCUUCCUUAUACCAGGAAGGUGCUGCUAAUACGGAAGAGAGAGAGAAUCACGACGGAGAACCAGGUCUAUAAGAAGGAGAUCGCACACCCACUCACACACACACACACACACACACACACACACUCACAGUCCUCCAGGCCCCACGCUCAUCCAAUCCACCGGGAUACACAGUCUAAACCUUUCCCUCCCCAUACACAGUCAGAAGUAGGGUUCAGAGAACACUGACUCCUGCCUUCCAAAGCCAUUGACAACAGUAACACCACUGACACACGCGCAUGCGUGCGUGCACACACACACACGCACACACACACACACACACACAUACACACCUCACUGGCAUGCAUGGAAAGGACCCCAAUCAAAAACCCAGCUCUGGAUUCUGGAAUCCCUUGCUGCAGUGGCCUCUCUGGGCCUCAGUUUCCCCCAUAUGUAAGCAUAUGGAUUGACCUAGAUGAGCUCCAAAGGCCUAUUCUUAUUCUUGGUGUUGAGGACUUUAAAAUCUGCCACCUGCCCAGAGGAAGAUGCCAGGGAUGACCGAAAUAGCAGCCAUCCAGCCCCCAGACAUCGAGAACAUUCCCAAAUCAUCAGUCAGCCUCUCAGCCACACACACACACACACACACACACACACCCCAUAUGCCUCCUCACUGUGCUCCCAAACCCCUGCCCCCACAUCAGAUGUCAGAGCAAAAAUACAUACGUAUGAGCAAACGUAUCCUGCCAUUCAGAGAAGGGGAAAGCCACCAGAGGUCCCCAAAGUCACUCUUCAUUUUGUGUCCCCUUUCUUUAGUGCCAUAACCCAGUCACAGAGAGUGAAGGGGGCUUCUUCGAGAGAAGAGGUCAGCUGCCAGGCCUUCCCCGCUCUCUUUGGGCGUCAGAGAAAAAGAGGAUCCUCUGGGGUUGGCUGGGAGGGUUAAGGUCAAGGGGAUGGCGGAGAUGGCUUUACAGAGUCUGGUCGCCGGUUGAGGACCAACCCCCAAAAUAAAGUUGAUGCCUCAGACAAAGUCUGGGGCACCCCGUGUUGCUCCCCAUUCUUCCCAGACCAACAAGGCCCAGUUCAGACAGAGAAACCCAACAGCUUUCAGCCCGGCCUGCCGGCUACUCUGCUGCAGGAGGGGACCCCCCCCCCACCAGACCCAUCGGCAGGUCUCGCGCUUUGCCUCUUCCCUGACCCUGGCCCGGCCUGAAGUUCUGAAGCAGGGAGUGGUUCUGGAGGCUUUGUGGGCGCUGGCACACUCCCAGCCCCCCUUCCCAUGUUUUGUGGGGGAAACGAGAGCUCUGUUUUCAAUUCAGCUGCAGCGGGAACCCCAAACUCAGCCUGAGCCACAAGGCAGAGCAUCUGCCCGCCCAGCCUCCAAGUGCACCGAAGGCCACACAGGCUCCAGACAGAGCACUGGCGGCCAAGGCUGGUGCGGUGGCGACCCAGCACUGGUCACUCUGGGCAGAAAUCUCAGUCUCUCCCUCCCUUGCCCCACCAGCUCCCAAACCCAAACCGGAAGAGAUGAAGGACUAGAGGGAUGGAGAGGCCCCGAGGAGACAGUAAACAAGCGGGUGCCGUGCCAAGAGCAAAAUUGGCCCCAGUUGUGGCAGAGGGUUUGGGAUGGCGACCGGGGCUUCUUUCCAGGCUGAAGCCCGGGGUCCCGGGGCUGCCUGAAGAAGGCCAUCUGGGUGUGGAGUGCAGCCAGCACUGCUAAGAAAGGGCUAGGGGGCCCCCCCACCAAGGGAAGGAGCGGGUAGCGGGAUGCAAAGGGCGCUGCUUGCCGGGGGGACGAUUGCUCACGUCCAGCUCAAACCAGUUCAAGAAACCAACCUCCGUUUUAUUUUCUUGGUGGGUCCUUUUUUUUUUUCAGACUGUUAACAGAAAAAAAAAAAUUUUAAAAAGCAGAAAACUUAAAAAAGAAAAAAAAAAGAAAAAAAUCCUGGUACAUGAAAUAAAGAUUUUUUUUUAUA